AUGAGAGACUCGGGUAUCAGUCCCCCAAUCGCGACAGACCCAUUGACGAAGAGAGAAGGCGGUCACUAUGGUUAUCGCACACCAAAAUCAAAUGAAGACAGUUCAAAUUUGGACUUUGCUUUGCGAAAUGGACUAGCCGGCGGUGUCGCAGGCUGUGCUGCCAAAACUAUUGUCGCGCCAUUGGAGAGGAUCAGGAUCCUGUUCCAGACUUCCCACUCGCAUUUUGUACGAUAUUCGACCCGUUGGGGUGGUUUAAUUAAGGCAGCUCGAGAUAUUCGAACAUCGUAUGGUAUACUUGCGCUCUUCAAAGGCCACUCGGCAAGCUUGGUCCGUGUCUUCCCCUAUGCCGGCAUCAACUUUCUCGCAUACGAACAAUUUCGAGCAGCAAUUGUCACAUCCCCCGACCAAGAAGCACCGUGGCGUCGAUUCUUGUGUGGGAGUAUGGCCGGUGCGACCUCAACUUUGCUCACAUAUCCUCUUGAGUUGAUCCGUACACGUCUUGCGUUCGAAACAGUACAAAAGAAUCCCUCAUCCUGGGUGGGUAUCUCUAAGAAAAUUUAUUUUGAAGGAGUAGGUAACGGGAGCUUCUUCAAUCUCUAUCGUGGUAUUACCCCGACUAUGCUAGGGAUACUUCCGUAUGCGGGCACGUCAUUCCUCACCCACGAUGUACUUAGAGACUGGCUUCGCUCGCCUGCACUUGCACCCUAUACCCUAGAAGCGCCGUCAUCCACUCGACUGACCGCAGUUGCGCAGCUUUCCUGUGGAGCAGUCGCUGGAAUAGUCGCUCAAACGGUUUCUUACCCGAUUGAUAUCAUUCGGCGACGGAUGCAAGUCGGGAAUGUGGGCAAUGGUCAAUCGGGCAUUUUGGAGACAACUCAACGUAUCUUUAUAGAGAGAGGAGUGAGAGGUUUCUAUGUUGGGCUUACCAUUGGCUACGUGAAAAUGGCGCCCAUGGUAGCAACAAGUUUCUAUGUCUACGAUCGGAUGAAGCGGUCUUUGGGUUUAAUCGAGUAG